GUUCCCUGGCCGGCUUCAAGGAGCUUCGUCUGCCAGUGCCGACGAGCGAGACUAUAGCAGCGGUGGCCAGGGAGAUGGGAGCUGCCAGCUUUGAGGAGUCGCUGGAGACGGACUCCGAGCCGGCCGAGACAGGGCAGAGAGUGCAGCGGAAGUUGGUGACCGGGGUCGAGGAUCUGGGAGACAACACGGAGUACCAGGAAUAUCAAGGUGUGAUGGGGAGACCCGGGGUCGACUUCCCAGUGUUGCCGAGCAUCCCGUCCACCAGCUUCAGCUGUCGGGCGGUGCGUAAGCCGGGCUACUACGCCGACCUGGACACCGACUGUCAGGUGUUCCACAUUUGUGACGGUGGACGCAAGAUUUCCUUCCUGUGCCCAAACGGAACCAUUUUCAGACAGUCCCAUCUGAUAUGCGACUGGUGGUUCCGCGUGGACUGCGGUAAGUCGGUAGAACAGUACGAGGAGAGCGCUGAGCAGCUGGCGGCAGAUCAGCGGAUAUACAAGGAACGAGCGGAGGCCAUCAGUCGGGCCAUGAACAAGGGAACUCAGUCAGACUUCAGCGUAUCCAGCUCGCCACCACCUCCACCCCCACCGCCCAGACGAGAAGAAGGUCGUCAGAGGUUUAGGUCCGAUACUCACAUUGACGCACCGGCUUUUGCUACGGCCAGACAAAACUUUGAGAAUAGACAGAAUGCGAGGAAACAAGGUUCGUUUAUCAGAAGACAACAGAAAUCUCAAACGGGAACUCAAUUUGAUACUAACCAAGAUCAGAACUUAAACCAACUGCAGUACAAAUCUUCUGAAGAAAUAAGAGGAAUCAACACCGGCAUUGAAGAAAAAGAGCAGCAAGUUCUUUCUGAGACGGCAUCUUUUGCGAGUAGCAGAGGGGGUCGCUUUGGGAAUCAGUUAUUCCAAAGUCAAUUUUUAACUCCUAGCUCACAACAAGUUAACAGUUUUAUCUCAACUAGUGUUAGUCCAAGCAAUAUAAACCUAUUGAGCCAGAGUUCUCCAUCAAAACCUCUAACACAAAAUAAUUUCCAGUCCAGUUCACAGCAGCAAUCGAUAUCAACUGUAAACAGCUAUAUUUCGAAUCCGACAACACCUCUGCCUUUCAAACCGAAUACGCCACCAGCGCCGGUUGCUCCAUCGAGGAAUCUUCGACCAGAAGGACGGUUGCUACCAACUUCUUCGCAAAACAACAACAUUAGGCCUAGUUCAUCUCAAAAUAACUUUUUCAGGAAUAGUAAAUCAUCCAAUAAUGCUCAGAAUGGUAGAUCUACAAAGCAACCAAUAUAUAGAACAACUCCAAAUAGUGCUACUAAUCAAAUUGGAUUAUCUACGCCCACUAUUGCCAAGAAUGAGUUUAUACAGAUAAAUUCUUUGCAGACUCCCUCACCACUUCAAAGUAAUUUUGCGAGACCAAGUCCUGAUCUUAAACCUCCUGAACCGAGUCAGGUUUCUAUUCAAAACAACGGUGUCUUAAAUACACGUAAACAAGUAAACACGUUAUCAACAAAUCAAAAUAAUAAGAAUAAUGCAAAUUUUAAUAGAAAUCGAUUUUCCACUUCAACUACAACGCGGCAGUUAUUCCCGUCUUUAGUCAACACUUUUUCUUCGCCAACAACAGCGUCUCCUUUUGAUGAAGCAGUUUCUCAGAGAAGGCAAAAACAGAGACGAUUUACUAGUACCACUCAAAAACCGGUGUUUACUGUUAAGUUUAGAUCAAGCAAAGCUUUCUCUUACGUUGAACUAGAGCGAACACAAACUACUCCAGAAACAACCACAAGUCCAAGUUCCGUUCAACCAAUCAGCACAAUUCAACAAGAUUUUAGCUCCCCUCUAGACAAUCUCCAAACCAAUAAUUCAUCGACGAAGGAACCUUUUUCAUCAAUUUCAUCUAUAAGUUAUGACAUUCCAACAUCCCCCGAAGACAGACAAUUGUCAUCAGUCAACACUGCGGAAGAUGGCCAAUACGAUACUACAGAAACUUACUUCCCAGAAAAUAAAUAUGAAACUGAGUGGGCACCUACACGAUCACAAAGUAGUAGUGAUUUCUCAUCUCAUGGUUCUUCACUGACAACAUUAAAUUCUGUAACAACAGACAGUCAAUAUUCUUCUGAAGUAACAAAGAGUAGUUUUGAAGAUCAGCAAUCAACACAACAGCUGGUGUCUCGUAAUAAUGAAACGUCACGUUUAGAUAAACUUGACAGUUUCAGCAACAUUGAUCCGGCUGAAAUAAACCUGCUGCCAUCUGAACGCAAACCUAAGAGCAGACCCGAUUUAAUAAUUCCGGAAUCUUCUGGCCCUAACGCUUUGCACACUCUUGCUUUAUAUUAUGCUACAUCAGAGUCAGAUUCAGGCACUACACCAACGUACACUUCAGAUGAUACACUGUCAUCUCAGGCAGAGGGAGAUUUAGAACUCCGUAAUGAUAACGUUGUAAAUAAGUCAAAUUCAGAUGACGUCCAAAAGAAUGUUAUUGUUAAGCAAAAAAGCAAGGUUUCCGAUGAAAUUCUUCUUCGAUCUCACUCUGGUAGCCCAGAUAAUGAAUCGGAGAUUGAUGAUACACAAUCAAAAGUAGAGUCUUCUGAUGCCUUGAAGGAUUUAUCUUCAGUGUUGACAAAGGCUACGAAAGAUUCUUAUUCAAUGCUUUUCAAUGAGACUACUGAUGAACAUAUCCAUGCAGAUAAUACAUCUUGUACUAACGAUGACGAUACAUAUGAUCUUGAUAUAGCAAAGGAAGUUUUGCCAGAUAAAGAGUUAGAUUUUAAAAACGAUGCAAAGAAUGAUUUGGAGAGUGAACAAAGUCGUGGGAUAGUACAACCAACACAAUCAGCAAAGAAAACGUCCCGUCUGUUUUCUUCAUUAGACGACCUUCCAGACGAACUUAAAUUGAGAGAUUCAACUGACCUUCGAGAACUAGCGCAGGUAUUUAGUAGGGCAUUAUCAGCAUAUCUUGAGGAUCCUGAUUCUUUCCGUCGAAUUUUAUCUGAAGUACGGCCAACUGAACCAACAAGCUCAAAUACACAAACUACAACUUUGGCUUUAGAAGAAAAUGAAGAUGAAGUAUUAGACUUUUCCGAUGCAUCGGGCACUGGUCCAAGACUUAUCCAUAAUAACCUUAACAUUCCAAGAAACUCUGAAGAUUCAAUAAAUGCUUUGGAUAUUGAAAAAAUAAACGACUUAGCACAAGGUGAAAACAUGACUGAACUUUCGCAAGACAUUGUACUGCCAUCUGAGAAUGCCGAAAAUACUGAUUACCAAGCAUAUACUACAACUAAACCCACAUCAAUAGCAGUCGAUAUAAAUCUCCUUUCUCGAAAUUCCAACAUCAAGAAUGAAGCUUUAGAAGAGGAGUCAUAUUUUCCUACUGCAGGUGGAGUAGAUGACAAAAGCAGGCCUAGAUAUGGAGGGUUCCACAAUAAUUCUGUAAAUUUCGAUUACAAGCCUUAUGGAUCCGAUGUAUCAGAAACCGUAACAGGAAAACCGAUAACGGUAGCUUCUUACGUAACUGAGGGAUCUACAUUUAGAACUACGAUUGAUGAAUCAGGAAGGUUAGAAUUCUUCAAUAACAAUGUAUCAACUUUAUCAUCAAAUCAAAUUGAAAUAGAAUCGAUCCCUGAUCAAUUAGGCAUAGUUCCCGCAGAAGCUAUCAAUUCUUUACUAGACCAUGAUAAAGAUUGUAACACGCCUACACAUUCUCAUGAAAAUGAUUUUGAAAACGACAAUGUAUCUUUUGAUAUAAAGAAAAAUAAAAAUCCUAGAAGUGAUGAAGAAGACAUUUAUGACAAAAAUACGGGCGAAGAGAAAGUACUUGUAGCUUCUGGAAGCCAGUCUUUUGUUUCAAGAGACAAUAUUGUUCGCUUGAUUGGAUCAAAACAAAAUGUUGAUUAUAAACCUAACUCCGACAAACUUUUAAACACGAAACAAACACAGUCAACUGAAGCGAUAACAGAGUUGCAAUCAACAACACCAGCAAAUAAUAGAGGGUCCAUCAGAUUUGGCCCUCCAACAUCUGCUGACCGCUCAGAUAUAUCAAGUUUUAGAAGAAGACCUCUUAAGGAAGUAACAUUCCAGAAUGUUAAUCUUGGUAAUGGAGUUACUUUGGAAAGGACCAAAACCAUAAGAUAUUCGACUCCUGAGAUAAGAGAUAUUUACAGAUCUACUAUAUCGCCUGCAAUUUCUGAAGAAGGUAUUAACCCACUGUCAAUCAAUGAGCAGUUAGGGUUCGUUUCAGAAGAAGUUGAGUCUACUACAAAGUAUCCAUCUACACAAUCCUUAAGUACAAGAAAUAUGGUGAGAGCUACUACAUAUCACCCAAGUUCUCCUAAAAAAUCGGAUUAUCCUGACCCUCGUGGGUCUCUACGCGAUUCUUGGCAAUGGAAUGCAGAAACAGCAAAUGACUUAGAAACCACAAAAAUACUUGACAAUCUUUCAGGAACACCUCCAAACAUAAAUAGUAACAAUGCCUCUCGAAAUGGAAAAGAUUAUCAGUCAUAUUCAUUCUCCACCUUUGCUUCGACACUUUUACCACCCAAUGUUACAAUGGAAACUGCUGAGGAAAGCAUGUUAGAACAAAAAGCGGAAGAGAUAUUUGGAAAACUUAACAAAACUAGUGCUGAUAUGUUAAUGAACGUUAUGAAUCAAGCAGAAUCAAACAUGACCGUUCGACGCCUAGUUUUGCUGCUGGUUGCAGAUCGGAACGGUAGAGAAAGAAAAUCAUAUGAGGAAUCUCGCGCACAAUUAAUACAAGCACUGCUUAAAACAUCCGAGAAAAUGGACGACCACACAUCCUCUUUAGAACAUACCACAGAAUAUCAAUCAGAUAAUCAGUCAAACAAGAAAUCAGGACGAACGAGGAAUAGAGGAAGAAAUUUUUCGACUUUAUCACCUACUUCCUUUACAACAACCCAAAAUACAAGGGAAAGAGGUUCAAAAACCUUCAGUGGUACACAAUCGGAUGCUUUAACAAGUUCGAGUCCUGAACAAAAACCUGAACCUCAAUAUCUGAGAUCACCAAAUCUAUUUCCGUCAAACCCCUCUGUAACAUUUGGUGCUGACCCAGAUGCUAGGGCUGUGGAGUUACUCAAAUCCUUGUACAAUCUUGCUGCAAGAUGGGGAUAAAAAUACUCACACUGUGAUAAAUCUACCGAGUCUCGAUCCAAAGGCAGUGUGUUCAUGACGUUCAAUCCUAGGAUCAAUUUCCCCAAUAAAGUCUUGUACGUAAUUCAACUGUUCCCUCGGUUGGACUAGUCAAUCAGUGCUAGGAUCCUUCCUGGAUAUAUUUUUAUGAUUACUGGAUCUUCAAUUUAGAAGCUCUACUGAUCAUGAAUGUAAUUCCUGUUGUAAAUAAUCAAACUGUUGAUAUUUAUACAUACUUUCACAUCGGUUACCAAGCUCCUGAUCUUGACAAGAGAUAUUAUCGUAUGUUAAGGAUACGAGAGAUUGUCGUACCUCACAUGAUAUUAGUGCAAUAAUAUAAUAAGCUGUAUUAUAUAGAUUUAUUACUUUUAUACAUUAGUUAUAAUGUUUUCUGUAAGAUGUUUACAAAUUCAGUAAGACUGUUGUAUUUUCUACGAUUUUUACGUUAGUUUCACAUUCAACCAAGUGAAUUAAAAACGUUUAUUAUUAAAGUUAUUUCAUUUUAUUUUUAAUCAUCGUAAUUUGUGUUCAAUGUUUAAGUAUCAUUCACACAAUACGAAACUAAAUUAAGAAAUUAAAUCUCUUAAAUAUUUUCUAACAAAUAACAGAACCGUUACUGAAAGAAGUAAAUUAUGGAUGUAUUUUUUAAGAUUUUGUUUUAGAUUAGUAAUAUUUUUUGUACUGUUACUUGCCAUUGCCUAUUUAACUAAGUCUGUUACGUGUGUGUAUGAUGUGUAUAUGAAAUUUGCUAAAAUUUUAGUGUAAUAUAAAUUGUAAUUAUAUAAGUAUGUAAAUGUU